UUAGUUAGGUACACGUCUGUACGUUAACGAGAAGGUAUUAAUGACGUCUAUUGUUCGCUCAAUUCAAAAGCUUCUCCUCCACGCAAAACACAUCUGAUCUUACUUACAACAUAGAAUGCAUUACUCCGCCUCUUCCGUUUAAAUUGACCAAUCAGAAGGGGCAGUUGGCUAUAGAUAGCUGAGUGAAUCAUACGGAACCUAUUUGUAAACAGACCUUUGUAUUUAGCCGAUCCUAACCUCUACAGCACAGAUCACGAACAAUGUAAAAUCCCCGCUUUAUUUCUGAUCAGAUUGAGGAACAUCAACAGCGACAGAUAUCGAGGAACCGACUUUUAUUGACCAGCAGGGAACACAAGGUGAUGCAUGUCUGACAAGACGUUAUACUAUGAGUGUGUGUAGACAAAUUUGCCGGAAGGCGUUGCGAGGCUGUUUGCGCGUGCCCGGAUGUAAGCCAGUGUGCUACAUGUGUCUACGCCCGGUCUGUUACGGUGUGUCCGACAGCGAGGACGAUGACGAUGACAGUGACAAGGAGGACGGACGAUUUUUCAGGAAUGCACACCACAUCCAGGAAUGUCCAUCUGAGGACCUCGCUCUGAGAGAACAGGGCGCCACAGAAACAUCGGCAGUUGUCGAGUACUACAACGACACAAGUAUUUUGACCCCGCCCGCUUGGCAAAUUGAUAAAUCUCCAUCUAAAGAUGAAAACCGAGGUUACACAAAUGUGAUGGGUGCAGAGGACAUGCGUAGACUACAAAGCAUAUCAAACGUAGAGUAUGAUAUGUGUGUUUCGAACGACCGUCGAUGUCCGCCGUCACAUGACUAUGUAAAUAUGACUGAUGGGGAUGGCUGUGACGUCACAGAUCAUGAUACGGGCUUACUGACCAUUUCAUCUCAUCAGUAUCACAAUAUUGACCAGGUAUGUAUGACGUCAGAUACAGGAGGAAGCCGAAGUCACCUUGACGCUUUGUUAAUACGCAAUCAGGAACCAAUCCUUAACACGCUCAAAGACACUUGUCCCAACUUAAUAUUUUUCAGUGAUCAAGUUUGUGACGAAAAAGAUAAGGUAAAUGGUAAAAGGUUUGAAGACGGGCCUAGUUUGCAGUAUUGUUCUUUAGAAAGCAUAAAUAAGACUGAAUAUCGUGAUCUACCCACACUGGAUACUUCCCACAUGGUCCGUGACACGGGCCUGGUGGGGUCGCGUCACUCUCUGGGUGGGGAUCAGUGUGUGGACAAGGUGUGCCCCAACGGCGAACAGGACUCCGGCAAGUGUGUUAAAUCAACAGGAUCGGACCAGCUUACAGCUCUGACAAAUGAGUCGACGUGUAGAACUAACCCCCAGAACAACGAGUCGGUGGUUUUUAUCGACGUUACGAACGAUAAGACUAGUGGCUCAGCCCCGGCCGAUGGAACGAGUAAAUCGUUUGAUGGUGAUGAGGAAACGAUCAUUGAAUCGUUAAAGGUGGAUGACAACAGUUCGUCUUGUUCCGUGGAUACUCGGUUUUCCUCGUCUGUAGAAUGCACGGACGACCAGACAAAUGAUCAGGUUGAUACAGUGAACGACUCUACAAACAUAGUAGUAGGCCAUGUGGACGAUAGCAAUACUGCGUCGACUUCUGGUGUUCCGAACGGACAUUUGGACAGUGAUGAUGUUUCCUUUGAAGCAAGUUUGGAUAAAUCUCAGACUUUGAUAAUGUUGGAAACUGAUCUAUAGCACUUUGACAUUUGUUAUAUAAUUAACUUAUUAACACGUUACAAUAGAGAAACGUAACUUGUUUCUGCAUGUAGGUUUUUUCAAUUUAUAUAAUUUAUGAAAAAAAACAAGCAUCUCGUCUAGGUGAAAAAGUGUGUAAAUUAUUUUGGUUGCUGAACUUGGCGAUGUACGCAACUGUAACUGUAUAUUUAAAUGAAUCAUUACGAUGUUAUACGUAUUUCAGUUAUUUUAAGUGUUCAUAAGCUUAAUGACGUGGAUAUUCUAUACCCUUUAUGGAAUACUUUAUAAUAUUUUAUUCUGUACUUAUAAAGUGAUAUUACAGAUAGAAAAUAGCCUACUAAAGUUGAUACUUGAAAUAAAGAAAGCUACA